CAAGAGGCUACACUCGGAUGGGGACUUAGAUCACUCGAGCCUUCCUAAAUGAGAAGCCAAGAAGACUUGGUGAAAGUUUCCUCUUAAAUUUCGUGGAGAGAGACUCAAGUAUAGAAAUAUUCUCACUGCCACCUCCCUGAAGCAAGAGAAACCACUGACAGCUUCGAAACCAGGCCCACCAUGUGCACCACCAGUGCGUGUGACCUGGAGGAGAUCUCCCUUGAUGAUGACGACCCAAACACCAUAGAAUUCAAAAUCCUGGAGUUCUAUGUCAAACACCAUGUCUUCAAGAACACCUCCGCUGUCUUCUCACCAAAGCGGCUGAGAACAAGAAGUCUGUCUCAGAAAGGACUGGGGAGCUGGUCAGCAAACGAGUCACGGACACAGGUAUCCUGGCCUUGCAGAAAUUCCCGAUCCAGUGAGAAAUCCAUAAGCCUUGCCAAGAAAAAGUCUUCUUGGAGAACACUCUUUGGAGUAAUAGAGAAGGAAGAAGACUCACAGAGCUCGCCUUCGGAGACUCAAGCUGUGGCGCUAGGGGCGGCAGAAUAUCAAGGCAGUCUUCACGGUCAGCAGUGGUCUAGGACCCUUUCUAAUGUGGAGCAGCGCAUAGAGCCCGAAGAUGUGGACCCCAAGGUUGUUUCCAUCGCCAACCGAGUUGCUGAAAUUGUUUAUUCCUGGCCACCACCAGAAGAGCACACCCAGGGAGGAAACUUCAAGACCAAAGGGAGUGUGGUACCACAGGCUUUCCACCUGCAGGCCCAGGGCUCCCAGUCUAGAGCUGCAAGUCCUAAGAAAGAUGGAGAAGACCAAAUAGCCAAAAUCGUUGAGCUGCUGAAAUUCUCAGGGGAUCAGUUGGAAAGAGAGCUGAAGAAAGACAAGGCUUUGAUGAACAGCUUCCGGGACGGGCUGACCUACUCUGUUUUCAAGACCAUCACAGACCAGUUCCUAAGAGGUAUAGAUACCAGGGGAGAAUCAGAAGUUAAAGCUCAGGGCUUUAAGGCUGCUCUUGCAAUAGACGUCAUGGCCAAGCUCACCGCCAUCGACAACCACCCCAUGAACAAGAUGCUAGGCUUUGGAACCAAGUACCUGAAAGAGAAUUUUUCGUCCUGGGUCCAGCAGCAUGGCGGAUGGGAAAAAGUACUUGGGAUACCACAUGAAGAAGUAGACUGAAACAUCAGAUGUGUAAUCUGGAAUUCUCAUUGGCCAACUGUGGUCCUGUGUACAUCAGUCUCAGCAGAGACUCCAGGAGAAAAUAAAAAUAUACAUGGCAGAUGGAGCAUUGAAGUUUUCGAAACCUUAUUCCUGUGAACCAAAGAGACAUCAGGAGAAGUCUUGUUCAUCUGAGCUCAUACACUGUAGUAGCAUGGCCUUGACAUCCAUGUUUCUCAGGCCCUCCACUAAGAGUGUGGGGAAGUCUAGAAGGACAAGUGGUAAUUUUCCUUUCAAAUAUUCAGAACAAACCAUCAUCCUACCUCUGCCGGCCAACUUAGGAAACGUGUGUUACAGACAUUCACCGAGCUCAUGAGGGCAAAAUGAUAAAUUGUGCAUGUGCCUACUCUUUGGUUUCCAGUACUAUUUAUUUUUUAAACUAUACUUAGGAUGGCUUAAUAAUGACAUUGUUUCAAGCCUACCUUUAAGAUGUUGCUGUUCAUAUUGGUAGACAUAGCUCAAAGAGACUCUCGAGUUUACUGCUAUAGCUACUAGUUUGGGGAGAUAUUGCCAUAUCUUGACUCACUUCCCUGGGAGAAUUCUUUGGCAGUUUAAAAAAGUUCCAUUUGGCAGAAAACAAUUACUCCUACGACCCUCAGCUCUCUCAGUGACCUCACCUCUGCCUCUCAAGGUCUCUGGAACUUUGUUAUUUUUUGUGGGAGUGGGCUGAGUAGCAGCUGGUAAAUAAAUAUGUAGAAAGACCACUGUCAUGAGAGUAUCUCAUGGUUAAAAUAAGCAAUAAAUAAUAGUACUAAAAAUUCUAUGAGGAUAAAAUGAAUUAAUUUAUAUAAAGUGCUUAGAACAGUACUUGGUACUUAGUGCCAAGUGUUCACUUAUGUUCACUAUCAUGUGCUGCCCUGAGCUAAGUUGAAAAUUUCCUCUCUUCUCAAAGCAGUCACAGAUUGUUUUUCUGAAAAUGACACUGUUCAGAAUGAGGUGUUUUAGUAAGCGAAAUAUGUUUCAUAGUAAGUAUUUAAGAUAUACCAAUGUUUAAAAAUACUUUCAAAUUAUAGGGUCUUACAAAUUUCUGGACCCUGAGCACCCAACAUGUAGCCUGAUGUAAAAUAGGUAUUAAAUAAACCUUUGGGGAACAAAUAAAUGAAUUAGUUAAUCAGACAUGCUUUCAGCUUCAAGGGAAAGUUGGACCUAUCUAUUAUCACAUGCUUUACUACCUGACCCAUCUCAAU